UCUCUCAACCCCAUUUAUUUUUAUUAAAAAACUAAUCUUAUUCCACGCCCUCGUGUUCCCUCAGGUAGCGCGCUGGGCUUCUGCCCUCAGGACUCGUGCACCAACAAGUACAUUGAGCUCAGAUCUUCCCUCGGUGUCGACGAGGGCUCGAACGCCCUCUUCUGCGUGCUGCUCAGACGCUACCGCGAGUGUACGAUGAACUUCGAGGGUUUGUGUCGCGGCGACAUCAACUUUCAUUCGAACUUAAAAGUUAUUAAUUCACUGCUAGCGCGGCACGAAUGCUCGCAGUUUGGUGAGGAUUUCGAUUCCCUCAUCGAAGCGUUCUCUCUGGAUCCUGAGAAUCCUGAUUCGCAGGAUACUGGAGGGUUGGGCCCAUGCCAUUACAAGGGCGAACUGAGGCCCAGGGCCCACUGUGGCCUCUUCGGGGACCCACACCUGCGCACGUUCAAGGGGGAGUUUGUGACGUGUCGGGUGGAGGGGGCGUGGCCCCUGCUGGACACGCCCCACCUCGCCGUGCAGGUCACCAACGUCGUCGUGGGGCCUCAGCUGCAGGCCACCGCCACGUCUAAGGUGACGGUGAUAGUGCGCGGUUCAGACGCGUGCGGCUCCGGCAAGACGUACGAGGCGUCGGCCGAGCAGCUCCCCAGCGCCUUCGUCGACGGCACCAGGGAGGGCGGGGUCGAGGCGUCGGGGGCGGCGGCGGUGUGGGUGCAGGAGGUGGUGCCGGGGCAGCACGUGCACGUGGGCGUGCGCGUCGUCAACGCGACCGUCUCCAUCAGGAAGAUCCAGAGCAGAUAUUUGUCGGUCUCUGUGACGGUGCCAGAGUCGGUGCUGGGGGAAGAGCAGGGACAGGGUCUCUGCAUCACGUCAUGCCCCGCGUCAGAGACGCUCAGCAGCCCCACGCAUGAGGCCAUGCCCCAGGCUAAAGCACAAGAGCUGUGCGCACAGCACAACAUCACGGACAGCUUCCUGGACGCGUGUGUGUUCGACUUGGUCGCUACGGGGGAGACCUUCUUCAGGGACUCUGCGUCUGCUGCACAGUCGGAGCUGUGGUCCCAGGACCCGCAGACUGCGGCCUCCACACUCAGGAACUGCACACAGUGGCCCUGCACGUGGCCCACAUCUGCCACUGAAUCUCUGGGACCACUGCUGGCGAUGGUUGCUGUGUCAGUGGCCGCCGCUCUGUUGCCACUGACUUAACCAUCUGUCAUGGUCGCCGCUCUGUUGCCACUGACUUAACCAUCUGUCACGGUCGCUAUUCGCGAUUGGCAAAAAUAUUCAAAUUUGAGGGAAUUGCGAAGCAUCGAUUUUUGUACUG